AUGUGCCAUUUAGACCAUUGUGAUGAUGUGCGUGCCUCCCGAGUAUAUAACGCUAUCUAUGGGAUGAUAGAGAGGGCUAUAGCUGCUGCCUUGGCCUUACUUAGGGCUGAGAUGAGGGAUCAGAGAUUGGCGUUAGAUGCCCUUACUAUUAGAGUCACAGUCUCUGAGCAGACUCGAGGUGUUUUAGAUGAGGUGACAACCUUGAAGGAUGAGAUUACUGAGUUGAGGAAGGAUAUGGACCAGCUGAAGUCCAUCGAUAUGUCUAUGUUGUUUGGGACCGUGGAGAUCCCAAAUGUCCCGAGCAGUGAUGCUCCAGCCUAUUUUGAUGUGCCUCCACCUAUCACCGGAGAUGAGGUUAGAGGCGAUGAUGCUGUUGCAGAGUCUAAGGUUGAGAUUGAUGAGGAGUAG